CGGGAACGAGCAGGGCAGAAAGUGGGAGGGUUUGCGCGCGGCCGUUGUGUUCGGAUUGACUGCGCGCCCCCUCCCGGUGUAGCCGUUAGCUCGGUGUCCGGUCGAUGUUUUAGCGGCGGAGCGUGGACUGGAAGUGGGAUGAUAGUGUUGUAAACGUCGAGCCAGGCUUCAGCGACCGAGAGAGGACCAGCAGCCGCUCCGCCCCCGGGACAGAACAGGUGAGAGGCUGAGUGAGCGAGCGAGCCCGUGAGAGAAGCACACCGAGAGAGAGAGAGAGAGACCAUGGAUCACCAGAGACAGAGGACUCUGUCCACAUCAGGAGAAUCGCUGUACGCCGUGCUCGGGGUCGACAAGAACGCCACCACAGAGGACAUCAAGAAAUGCUACAGGAAGCUGGCGCUGAAGUUUCACCCAGACAAAAACCCGGACAACCCCGACGCAGCAGAGAAGUUUAAGGAAAUCAAUAACGCCCACUCCAUCCUGGUGGACGCCACCAAGAAGAACAUCUACGACAAAUACGGUUCCCUGGGGCUGUACGUGGCCGAGCAGUUCGGAGAGGAGAACGUCAACACCUACUUUGUUCUGUCCAGCUGGUGGGCCAAGGCCCUGUUUGUCUUCUGCUGCCUGGCCACCGGCUGUUACUUCUGCUGCUGCCUGUGCUGCUGCUGUAACUGCUGUUGCGGCAAGUUCAAACCUCACCCGCCAAUGGACCAGGACCCCGAGUUCUACGUCUCCCCGGAGGACCUGGAGGCCCAGAUGACGGCUGAGGAGAGAGAUGGCGGCGACCCCAUCGUGAUGCAGCCAUCUUCAGCCACAGAAACCACUCAGCUCACCUCUGAUGCCCACCACAGCUACAAGACCGAUGCAUACUAAACACACACACACACACACACACACACACACACACAUACACACAUACACUCCUGGAAAUCCCACUCAGCUUCAGACACAAUGAGCUCAGCCCAGAUUUUCCCUUUUUCACGUUUCCAUGUUUGAAUUUCUGAGGAGAAACGAGGAAGAGGAGGAAGGAAACCUGGAGGAGGAAGAGAAAAAAACACUUGCAGUAACGCUCUGGUUUGGACCUCACAGAUUAUUUAUCCAGAUUCAUGGUUAAUGUUCAGAUGAAAGUAUAGACAGGAAGUGACACGCUGACUCUCUCAGCUGGGCGCCAGCGAGGCAGCUUCUUCUCAGCUCUGAGGUUUCAUCAGGUAACCAACAGGUGAACAAGGUCAGGGUGAAACGCAGUAUCACUUUUUACCGUCCAAUCACUGGAGGGAAGGUGGGACAAAUGCUAAACCAACCCACCGCCACGGCCUGCUCGUCUAACAGUUUUCACUUCCUCACCCGUGAGAGUCGUUACUAACAAAGUAACUACACAUACUGUAUUACUUCUAGGAAAAGUAACAAGUAUGUUACCUAAUUACUCACUGGAGAAAGUAACUAGACCGUUUGUUACAUUACUUUCUCAUUACUCUGCAAAAUGAUCUGAAACUCAUCGUCUCACAAUCUACGGUGGCCCUGAGAGGUCAAACGCACUGCAGCUCAAUGACAAGCUAACAGUACAUGGCUAAUAGCAAACAUGUAUACGUUAUUACAUGAAUCAUGUGAUUAAAACACACAUUAGCUGCAUGUCUCUCACACUGCAGAUGAAUCCUCUGCUUUUUAUUCAGCACGUCUCAGUGCGACACGUUAACGUCUCCAUCGCGUUAAUGUCUCCAUCAUGUUAAUGUCUCCAUCACAUCUCCAUCAUGUUAAUGUCUCCAUCAUGUUAAUGUCUCCAUCGCAUUAAUGUAGCAGAUGUUAGCAGCAUAAUCCAGAUGUUUCUGUCAGUCUGCACUUCCCCAGCACACUCCUGGUACUUCCGGCCACUCCGCCAUUUUCCUCCAUCAGCUGAUUGCCAUAAGAAUAAAAACGUUGUGUUUAGUUUUUAAUUUUUUCUGCCUGCCGUGCUGAUAACUGAACAACUUUUGUAAUGCGAGUAACAGCAUAGUAGUAACUGUAAUGUGAUUACAGUAACGCGUUACACAAACACUGAGCAACCACAGCGUCCCCAUGAAAACAGAGAUCAGGGGAGUGCACGCCAUCAGACAUGGAGUCACGUGUCCGUCAGAGAGCGCCGAGCACGCACUUACCAAAUUGGUAAAUCCAAUGAUGAAACGUCACGGACAGCACACACAGCGGGAUGGCUCUCUUCCAAUCAGUUACUUUUUAUUCUAAGAGUAAUCACACUACUCUAGUUUCUCAGCAGUAAUUAAGCUCCAGUUUCCUCCUCGAGCUUCGUCCCUCCUCCUCCUCCUCCUCCUCCUCCCUUCAUGUUUAUGGUCUUCCACAGGUGAAGGAUUGAGGCGCUGUGUGUCUGCGUGCACACUGAUCGAGCCCCGUUUUUGUUGUAGUUUAGUGUGCGGAGGUAACGAUGCUGUACAUGUGGUGUAAGUUUAGACCUCACCGUUCUUCCCUCUGUCUCUAGGUUUGCUUUUCCUUCUUUUUAUUUAUGGUGUUGAUGAAGGGACGCUUUCACAUCCAAAGUCUUAUUAUUGUUCAGACGAGCAGUUUUCUAGCAGAACAAUCAGUUUGUACCAAUCAGACAAGUUUUAUUUUGUAGUCUUUUAUUUGUCACAGAAGUUUCCUGUUUGUUCGUGUCUGUAGAUUCAUUUUUGUAAAAACAAAAAACAAAGAAAAAAAGACGACGUUGAACCAAACAGGCUAAAUUUCUUCACCGCAUCUCGAUGCUCGAUCAGACACUCGUUAUGUGUCCAUAUGUAUCGAUGCGAGCGGCCGAGUCGACUCCUGACCGGUCUGAGCCAAACUGCAGGUCCAUGAAGAUCAGAGGUUUUAUUUUCCCAAACAUGUUUAAGUUCGCUUCCUGUGUUCCUGUUUUCACAUUGACCCCAUCGCUGGGUUAAAAAAGCUUCUGAAUGAGCUUCAGUGAAACCUGCAGACGCCUCGUUACCUGAUUGGCUGACCAAACCUGGAGUCGGCACAUUUCCGUCAUCGAAUAAUGAAACUGAUGUAUGUAAGAGGAUAGCAGCCACAUGGUGAUAAUAAUGAUGCAUUAUUUAAUUUAUUUUGAUUUUCUGAUCUUUGUAAUGAUUGAUGAACUAGCCGCUGUGUGAGGAGGAUGUAGACACCUUUAGAUGUGAACCGUUCUGAUGGCGAGGUGACAAAUGGCAGACGUGCUGUACAUACACGCAGAGGCGUAGAGGUUUGUGUUUGUAGCGUGGACGUUUGCCUGAAACGAGUAUCUGAUGUACUGUUGUAAAAUAAAUGUUUCUGAUGCUUCGGA